AUGAGCGGCGGUGCUGUCGAUGUGGAGCCGACCAAUAUAAAACUGACUGACUAUGAUGUCGAAGCUUCUUCAGAUUAUACUGUCAUUGACGAUAGCAAACUGGCUAUCAACUCUGUGGAUAUAAAACUAUCUGCACCUUCAAUUAAGAAAAAUCCUCAGCGCACAAUACCAUUGUUGGACGACAACGGUUUAAUUAUUGCUGAAAGCCGUGCCAUUGCCAUGUAUCUUAUAUCAUUAUACGCGAAGGAUGAUUCCUUAUAUCCAAGGGACCCACAAAAGCGAGUUCUUUUUGAUCAGCGGUUGUUUUUUGACUUCGACGUCUAUGGAGCUAUGGCGAAUGUAUGGGGCUCAGUUAUGUCUGGAAAACCACCAGACCACACAUGUGUAGAAAAAGUAAAUGGUGGACUAGAAACUUGGAACAGAAUACUAGAAGGAAGACAGUGGCUCGCAGGGGAUAACAUCACACUGGCUGAUUACUCUGGUUGUCUAGUUGUGACAACAACGCAGAUUAUCCCAAAAACGGAUUUUAACCCAUAUAAGUACAAAAAUGUUGCUGAAUGGAUUUCUCGAAUUGAGAGUUCUAGUCAGAAAUAUGUAGAAGAGGUAAAAGUGUUCCGUGAAGCUACGAGACCUAUUCUAGAAAAAGUAAAAUAA